AACUACUUUUCCCCAGCAGCAGCAAGCAGCAGGAGCCGACCGAGGAAGCUAUAGUCUGACUCUCAUUGUGUGUGUGUGUGAGGAGAGACGGAGGCAGGCACAGGAGCUUCUGUAAAGCCGCCUGCCCACGCAACUUUCCCACCAGGGUUCCCCCCUCCACCACACACACUGAGUAACACCCCUUCUCUUGCUGCAUCUCCAGGCCCUGGAAUCAGGACCCCCCCAUUUCCACUCCCUACUCCUGGAGGUCACUUUUAUUUUUGUGCACAAGUUGCUACAUCUUUGGAGGAAGAAAGAAGCCAUAGAAGGAAACUGAGGUCAAAUCGUCCCCAGGGGAGAGAGUUGGGGGGAAAUCCCUCAUUUUUAGCCCAACUUCCUCCUCCCUUUUUUGCGUUUGGUAGAUUAUUUUUUGCGGGGGGCAGGGAAGCAUCUGGAAUUUCAGGUGUUGGGAGCAAAGGGGUUUGUUACAAAGUCCCCCCCCCCAAUUCAGGGGAGUUUAGGAAACUUUUGAAAGGGAGGAAAAAAUUCAGUCUGAGAAAGGAAACCCUGAAAUCCUCCCCUCUUUGCAGCAAAUUUUGGGGAUCCCUCCAUCCUGGGAUCCGUCCCCCCCAUGGAUUUUUCUGAGAUUGUAAAUUUCGCCCCCUCGCUGUUUUAAUUUUGGAUUAUUUCAAAUCGCCACCGACCAGCGCGCGCGAGUCCUCCACCCUGCACCAGGGCUCAAGGGGGGAUUCCUGUGGUGGAGGGGGCCGCAAAGCAGGGGGAGCUGGGGGGAAAUGCCUUCCGUGAUGGAAAAAUCCGCCCCGGCCUCCGGGAUCCUGUCGAGGAGCCGGGCGAAAUCGGCCACCAAUGGCAAUCAUCAGACCUCGGAGGAUGAGAGCAGCGAAGAAGAGCAUUCGCACGACAGCAUGAUUCGGGUCGGGGCCGAUUACCAAGCUGUGAUCCCUGAGUGCAAGCCAGAAAGCCCCGCUCGCUACAGCAACAAGGAGCUGAAGGGGAUGCUGGUCUGGUCACCCAACCACUGUGUGUCUGAUGCCAAAUUGGACAAAUACAUUGCAAUGGCCAAAGACAAGCAUGGCUACAACAUUGAGCAGGCCCUGGGGAUGCUGCUGUGGCACAAACAUGACGUGGAGAAGUCUCUGGCUGACCUGGCCAACUUCACACCCUUUCCAGACGAGUGGACAGUGGAGGACAAAGUGCUAUUUGAGCAGGCCUUCAGCUUCCAUGGCAAGAGCUUCGCGCGCAUCCAGCAGAUGCUGCCUGACAAGCUGAUCCCCAGCUUGGUGAAGUAUUACUACUCCUGGAAGAAGACAAGGAGCCGUACGAGUGUCAUGGACCGGCAAGCGCGCCGGCUGCUCAGCAAGAAGGAGCGGGAUGACAGUAACGACGAGAUGGAGGAGGGACGGGCUGCCAGCGAGGGGGAGUUUGAUGCCAUGGACUCCAAGAAGGAGGUGAGGGCUCCAUUCCCUGCCUUGGCCAGCCAAGCUACGCCGGGUCCAGGAUCGGGCUCGGGGCCUGUGAGGAAGGAGGUGCAGCUGUCACAGUAUCGGCACCACCCACUGCGCUCACGUCGGCGCCCCCCCAAGGGCAUGUACCUGAGUCAGGAUGACAUCGCUGGCAUCUCGGCCAGCCCUGAUGUGGGCACCCUGGCACUGCGCCACCUUGACUCGCAGCUCAUCUCCCUCAAACGCCAGGUCCAGUGCAUCAAGCAGAUCAACAGUAGCAUGAAGCAGGCCCUGGAAGGUGGAAUUGACAAGCUGCGGCCUCCAGAGGGAAACGGCAAAUUCAACUCGCGCUGGACAACGGAUGAGCAGCUGCUGGCUGUGCAGGCCAUCCGCAGGUACGGUAAAGAUUUCCAAGCUGUCGCCGGGGUGAUUGGUAACAAGACGCUGGCCCAGGUGAAAACCUUCUUUGUCAGCUACCGGCGCCGCUUCAACCUGGAGGAAGUGCUGCAGGAGUGGGAAGCUGAGCAGGGGGAGUCUCCAGGGGCCCGCUCCCCCCCCCACGACACCAAGAGCUCCAGUGUCUCACUGGCCAGCAGCGAGGAGGACGAUGAGGUGCAGAUCACAGCCGUGUCCCGCUCUGCCCAGCAGCAGCCGCAGGCCCCUGCAUCCACCACAGUGGUUCCACCCUCCGCCUCCCCCCGGCUGCCACCCACCACACUGUCGCAGCCUCCCCCCUUGCUGCGGCCCUCGUUGCCCACCGCGCCCACGCUGCACCGCCAGCCACCUCCCCUGCAGCAGGGACGCUUCCUGCAGCCUAGACUAUCUCCCAACCAGCCCCCUCCGCCACUCAUCCGGCCUGCUGCCUCCCGCCACCCCGGACGGGGGCCCCAGCUCCCUUCCUCAUUGGUGGGUGCGACCCUGGAGCCACCUUCCUCCUCCUCCUCCUCCAGUUCCCUCUGAGGCGAGGGGGGAAGAGGAUAGCUGAAGCCCCCUUCUUUAGUGCCCUGGAUCCUGCUUGGCUGAGGGCUCAGGGGUUCUGGCUGCCCCAUAGCGAUACACUGGGUGGUGUCUCUAGGACUCACUCCACCAGCUGGGAUUGGAAACCCUCCCUCCUCCAGGGAGGGGAGAGACUGACAGAUGUGCAUUAGCUGAGCCCAACCCCCCUGGGGAGCAGAAGCCCCCACACCGUGGCCCAUGUGGGCUCUGGAUGGGGUCCAGGAAGGGGAGUGGGUACCAAUGCCAGCUGUGGGGAGCUUGGGGUAGGGGGUUCUUUACUUGUAGAGGGACAUGUAGGGUGGCACACGCCUGCUGGUGAGCCAUGCCCAGUGCACAGCAGGGACCCUCCUCAACCUGGGAGCUGGGGUGGGGACGCUCCUCCCUGGGGCUGUACUGACUCCUGGGAGGAAUGGUCUUGUGCUGGGGGCGGGGAGCUGAGACUGGCCCCAGACUGGCCGAGCAGUUGCUAGGGAGAUAAUAUGUUGUGGGGCAGGAGUAGCACAAAAGCCCCCCCUCAAAUGGGGCCCAGCUCCCUCACCUGGGGCGGCAGCGCUGGCUCCCAGGGAGGACCUGAGUGCCGGGGUCCAGGUGGGGGGCAACCAGUAAGAACCCCGGGUGAGGCACGAGCAGGACCGUUGAGGGGGCAGCAUUGAAGAGGCCUUGGAAGAAGCACAGAACUGGAGGGGUCAGGCUAGAGGACAGCAGCUUGGCAGGACCUGCACAGCCACGGCACAUCCCUCCCUCCCGCGUUGGGUGCAUGCUGCUCUGCUGGUGUGUGGGCAACGGGGCAUUUGUAGACAGGGCUUGUGGCCCUGGGGUGGUGGUGGGGAAGUAGAUGCUACAGGGGGUGGAGUUAUGUUCAUGUUGCAUUUUGAAUAAAAGUAUUUUACUAUG